CUGAAGGAACGAAAGCUCCCAAUCCCACCCAUUGAAGUCCGCAAUUCGCAGGGUCGACAGAGAAAGACAGGCAUUCAAACGGAGGCACACAAAAGGGAAUAGCCGGAUCAAAAAAAGGGAAAUAUCACGAGUCCCCAGAACCAUGGCCCUCCCAGUCCAGAUCUCCGCGCGCUGCUGCAGAAAUGCACUCCGGCAAUCGUCCCUCGCCAUGCGAGCAGUGGCCCCAGCAUAUAUUACCUCCCAGCACGCUGGUCGCGCCCGGUGGCAGUCCACAGAAGCCGCAGCGGCGCCAGAGAACCCCAAGAUCGCCCAGAUAGUGGAUCAGAUAAGCCAGCUGACGCUGUUGGAGACGGCCGACCUGGUCUCGAGCUUGAAGACGCGUCUUAACAUUCCCGACCUCCCCGUCGGCGGCUUCGCCAUGGCCGCAGGCGGCGCUGCUCCAGGCGCCGCCGCCCCUGCCGCCGAGGAAGACGAGCCCGCGCCCGCCGCGCAAGAAAAGACCCUCUUCAACCUCAAGCUCGAGUCGUUCGACGCAUCCGCCAAGGCCAAGGUGAUCAAGGAGGUCAAGUCGCUGCUGGGAUUGAGCUUGGUGGACAGCAAGAAGUUUGUGGAGAGCGUGCCCAAGGUGAUGAAGGAGAGUGUGCCGAAGGAGGAGGCGGAGAAGAUCGUUGAGACGUUGAAGGCGUUGGGCGCGAAGGCUGUUAUGGAAUAAGUAAGAGAGGGGAUUGCUCCUUUAUUCUUUUUCCCCCCCCUCUGUGGGAUCGUGAUAGAAAGAGUGUGUAUGUGUGGAGUGGAGUGGAGCGGGUGUGAGAUUUGCUUUUUUUUUUUUUUUUUAUAAACCGCUUGUUCAAUGUACGGCCUGGGAUGGAAACUUUUCCUUUUUCAUUUAUUUAUUUUAGAGCUUCGCCCCCCGGGUUUCGUCAUGUCUCCAUAUGUGUAUACUAGUGGCCCCCCUUUUGGAGUUUUGCUU